UAAAAUGAUAUAAAAAUGUUAGAUACUACAAUUUAUAUUUUACAUAAAAAAUGAUGAAGUUCUAAUAAAAUUUUAUUAACUAUAAGAUAUUUGCAUUUUAAAUUGUGAAUUAUGUUACCCAAGUUGUUUUAUCCUAUUUGUUAUACUUUUUGGAUUCUAACUACAACAUUCUUUGUAAGUUGUAGAAUAAGGUCAAAAACAUAUGAGAAAUAUUAUGCAGAAGUUAUGGAUCAUAUAAGUGAACAAGAUGGAUGGGAUUUUAUGCAGAAUUUGGUAUUUAAGUCUUCUACAGAAACAAGUUUUAAUAUUAAAGACAUUAUUUGCAAAGAGAGUCGCACAAUACUACCAAAAAAGUUCGAUGCCGUAAUUAAUUCAUUGAAUUACAUGUACGCAGAAGUCAUUAAAACAUUUAUUGAUCAUAUUAGAGCUAUAGCUAACCAAUGUCAAGAAUAUUACGACGUAAACCAGGGAGAUCAUUUAUUACGUUGUAUAUUUUUACUUCAGAGUGUUAUAGAAAAUUCGAAAACCAUGUUUGAACAGUUAUACAAUGUAAUGAACUAUCUUAGCAACAUAGAUUUUAAAUUAUUAGCGAAAUGGAAAAAAACAUACUCUAUACCUAUAGUAGAUGAAAUUUAUACUUUUGUAGAAUAUGCAACAUUAAAAAGUCAACAAAAUACACAGAUUUUUGUCAAUCCAAACGAUCCCAACACUAAAAAUGUUGCUUGUGAAGUCAUUUUAGACGUGAAAACUUUUAUCGAAGGAAAAGGUUUCAAGACCUAUCAAAAAAUUAAAAAGAAAAAUAGUUUAGUUUACAAUUAUAAUCCAAUAUGCUUAUUAGAAGAUAAUUUAAAAAACUAUAAAGCACUACAAAAUAAAAACAUUGAGUUAAGUCAAUAUUUAUGUGAAUGGCUUAAAAUUUAUUAUAAUGAAAUUUCUAAAUAUUUAUACAAAAAUCUUGGAUUUGAAGAAGUUUUAGAAUUAAAAGAGGAAAGUUAUUUCACACCUCCAGUUCAUAUGUAUAAAAAUAAUACUCAAAAACAGAGAAUCAGACUAAUAAACGAAAUCACUAAAGAAAGUGGAUGGAAAUCGUUGAAACCUAUUAAUAUUGUAUUUAAUGACCAAGUUAUAAGCGUAGAGCGUAUUCUUAGACACCCAACAGACAAACUUAAUUUUCAUUGUAAAAAACAACACAUAUUAAGAGUUAUCAAGUGCAUUUAUACAGAAAUACUGUUUAAAUAUUGCGAUUAUGUAAUUUUCCUAUUAGAUUUUUGUGAAACGGAAUUAUUAAAUCCAUAUGAUGCAUUAUAUAUAAAUUUUGUGCGGCAAGUUUUUGAUGCAGUUCAUAAGACAAUUAAUAUAUUUGAUAUAAUGUAUAAAACAUUGGUUUCUUUAAAUAUACUCUUAGGAGAAUAUUUGCAUGACAACUGCUAUUCGAAUAUAAAAUGUUUAUGUAAUUCAAUAACAAAAUUACUCGAGGAAAUAAAUUCUGGAAAUUAUUCACUGGAUGAUUUGGAUAGCAAAUGUGAUCAAACUAAACAGAAAAUACCAAAAUUAUACACAAGAACAUACGUUAAAAAUAUUUCAAAAUUUCUUAAAUAUAACAAAACGACAAACCGUUCUUUAUUUAAUACGCAUGAAAAACAGUUUCCAGUACAAAAUUUAGUGUUAAAUAUUGACAUUCCUGAGACAAUAAGUACCAACAAUUUUUCAUCUGCUUGUAACGAACUUAUUGUAUUUUCUAAAAAAUUUAUAAAUGUUUACUAUGAAGAGGUGGGUUUAAAUAAAUUAAACUAAUACAAUCAUCAAUUUUUUUACGUCUAUCUUAACCAUAUGCAAGGUGCUAUAAACCCAACCCUAGCUAGAUCUCUGAUUCAAACUUUUCGGUGUUAUUAUCUGGCUAUGUUUCGUACGAUUUGUAUUUUACGCUAAAAGUAUGGCUUUAGUAUCAUUAUAAUUAUUAAAUUGUGUAUAAUUCAAAAUGGGUCAAUUGUAAAAUGUCAUAGGUAUAAGGUUG